CACGGCCAAGCUCGCCCUCGCGCUCGACGACCGCCCGCACUCGCCGCGGCACGCGCCCGUCGGCCUCCCGCCCCUCCCGCCCCCGCACCCGUUGCCCCUCCCCGGCGCACCCUCGCCGCCGCUGCCGCUCAGCGCGCACGAGCUCGCUGCGGGCUGCUGUGCGCGCAAGGAGUCGCAGCAGGAGUCGCAGCAGGAGUCGCAGCAGGAGCAGGAGCCGGAGCAGGAGCCCUGAGCCCGAGAGCGCGGCGGCGGCGGCGGCGGCGGUGGGCGCUGCGCCGUCGUCGUCGUCGUCGUCGUCGUCGGGCGCAGGUGGCGCCGCCGAGGACGAGCAGCCGGCUGUGGCCCUGCCCAUGGGCAAAGGCAAGGGCAAGGGCAAGGGCAAGGCGCGCCUCGGUGCGGGAGACGGGUACGGCGACCACCGCCCGAGGGUGCACAGCCCGCUUGCGCUCGCGAGCGCCGUGUGCGUCGCGGGAGCGGCGGCGGGCGGUGAGACGGACGGCGAGAGCGAGGCAGAGCGGGAGGGGGAACGGGCCGAGGAGCACCAGCCGCGCAUGGACGAGGACGAGCGCGCGCCGCACGCGCGAGGCGAGGCACCGGUGCACAGCCCGGGCUUGGGCCUCGGCGGGCUGCCGGACGGCAUGCUCGCCGGCCUCGAGGCGUCGUCGUCGUCGUCGUCGACGAGCUCGUCCGCCGGCGCUCCACCCGCGCUCGACCUCUCCCCCGCGCCCCCGUCCUCGUUCUCGACCUCGACCUCGAUCCCGAUCUCGACAUCGACCUCGCCGGACGCCCUCGCGCCGCCCGUCCCGCCCCUGUCGCACCGCACCGCGACCGGGCCCGCCGGCGACGCCUCGCCCGUCGGCACGCCCGAGCACCUCGAGACGACGCCGACGGCCUCGCCGACCGAGCCGACGAGCUCGUACUUUUCGCUCCCGGCGCGUGCCGCCGUCCUCUCGCCCACCGGCGCCUCGAGCUCGACCACUUCUUCCUCUGCGCCGUCGACCUUGGCCUCGUCGACCGACGCCGGCGCUGCCGCGAGUGCAGCAGACCACGGCGCGCCGCCGCCGCCGCUCUCGCGCGCGCUGAGCGACCGCCGGUCGGUGCCCGUCCUCGAGCGCGCGCCGAGCUGGGAGGGCUCGCACGCCUCGUCCUCGUCCUCGGCCUCGUCGUCCGCGAGGGGCGCCGAUCGCGCCACCGCGCACGAGCAGGAGCAGGAGCAGGGCGGGAGCGGGAGCGAGAGCAGCGACGAGGAGGACGACCCGUGGGCCGGGUACGACGACUGGGACGGCUCGGGCGAGGUGGGGGGCCCGAGCGCCAAGCCGAGGAGGCGCUCGAGCGGCGCGAGGAGGGAGCGCGAGCGCCUCAGCCUGCUCGAGCAGCUCGGCAUCACGGGCGCGUCGAGCUCGAGCGAGGGCGAGGAGCGGGUGGGCGAGGCGGAGCAGGGCGAGGGCGACGGGCGCGCGAUGGAGGUCGAUGCUGGGCCGGUUGCGGGCGAGGGCGCCGACGAUGCGCCUGCGUCGGCCUCGGCGGAUGACGAGGACGAGGGCAUGCUCGACGCCGAGGGCGACGAGGGCGACAGCAGCAGCGACGCCGACGCGCUCGCCGUCAUCGACGAGGACAAGCUCUCGGCGCUCGAGCGCAUCUUUGUCUGCGCCAAGAGCGACGCUCUCGAGGACCGCGCUCGCGUCGCGCACUUCCUCCCAGAGUGGCUGCCCGGCGUCGACGUGUGCGAGGCCGUCGAGUACGUCCUGCCGCUCCUCGCCGGCCUCAUCGACGAGGAGCCCGUCAAGGAGGUGUUCGCGCCCAAACUCGACCACGUCAUGUGGCACUUUUUCGCCAACUGCCCGCUCGCCGAGCUCGACGCGUCGUCGAGCGAUGGGGACGCCGCAUCGGCCGCCGCCAUCUCGCCGCAGGACCCGGCCGAGCAGCAGCAACCGCCUUCGACGCACGAGACGGCCCUCUCGUCCGUCGACACGUCGCCGACCUCGUCGCACCGCCCGCUGUCCGAGGCGUCGACCCCGCCAACGACCUCGAAGCCGUCCCCAUCCGGCUCCUACACGCCUCUUCCCUCCUGCGCCAGCCUCCAGACCGUCGGCGGCGGCCUUCCCUCAGCCCCGUCCAUCUCGGCCACCGCCUUUACGUCCCUCCUCGGCGCCCUCCUCACCGACCAGUCGGCGUUCGUCGCCAAGGCCGCCGAGGCCGCCCUCGUCCGCUUCCUGUGCCGCCUCAAGGACCGCCCUCUGCCGCCUCCUCCGCCCGACAACGAGCCGUCGGUCGCAGAGUUCACGUUCGGCACGACCGAGCCGCUCCCGCCGCCGCCGCCGCAGCAGCAGUCGGGCGACGACGCCGACGGCGAGGCGCACCACCACGCGCGGUACGAGCUCGGCGUCGAGGCGCGCCAGAUCCUCGAGGACGAGAUCGUGUGCGGCAUCGUCCUCGGCCUCGCUCGCCUCGACCAGGACGGCAGCGACGCCUCGGCGGCGGCGCAGGACGAGGGCAGCGCCGACGGCGACGCAGGUGCGACCACGUCGACGCCCGCCAAGAACGCCGCCUCGGCCGUGCGCGAGGGCAGCGCCGACAAAGACGACGAGACGGUCAAUCCGACGCUGUUCCUGAGCCCGGAGGAGGAGCCGCUCGACGAGGAGUGGCUCGCCGGGCUCGGCUCGUUCGGCUCGAGCGCCGACGCCGCUUCGUCCUCGACCGACGACGCCGGCGACGCCGGCGUGCGUGCCCUCGACUACGCCGGCUGGGGCGCGCCGCUGCCCCGGGCGGGCGAGCAAGGUGGCGCGAGCGACCGCAGCACCGGCACCGAGGGCAUCGUCCCUGCCGACAAGGACCCCGAGCCGGGCGAUCUGUCGUUCCACCCGCCGUCGCCGCCGAUGGACCCGAUGGGCUACUCGUCCUUCUCGCCCGACCUCGGCGGCGGCGCCGACGAGGAGGCGUCGAUCGGCAAGAUGGUGGCCAUGAGCCUCGUCGGCGCCAUCGCGACGGCCGAGUGCCUCGACGCCGACGUCUUUGUCGACCAGUUCCUGCCCGAGGUCGCCCGCAUGAAGGACGACGGCAUGUUCUACGUCCGCAAGGAGGCCGUCCAGGCGCUCGGUGCCCUGUCCAAGUGCCUCCCGAGCGACGCGGUCGAGCAGACGGCGCUGCCGCUCUUUGACGCCUACUGCCGCGACGAGAUGUGGCACGUCCGCCGGGCCGCCGUCCUCGCCCUGCCGUCGCUCUGCAAGAACCUGUCGCGCUCGGCCCUGCGCGCCCAGACGGUCAAGGCCAUCGCCCUCUUUGGCGUCGACGAGAACCGCAACGUGCGCAGCGGCGCGCUCGAGGUGUGCGGCGAGCUCGUGUACCUGUUCCACGAGGACCCGGCCGGCGUCCCGGACGAGCUCCUCGACUUCUUCCUCGGCAAGACGGCGUCGACCAGCUCGCCCAUGGUCCCGUCCGACCCGACCCGGGCCCCCAUGUCGCCGCCGAUCCAGUUCUCGCCCCUCGACGGCUCGCUCGACUCGCCGCCGACGGCGCUCCUCGAGGCGUCGCAGAGCUGGUCGCCCGUUCGCCCGUGGCCCGCCUCUCGCGACCCGGACCGCGAGAUCCUCACGGCGUUUAACUUCCCGGCCGUCGUCCUCACGCUCGGCAGGUCGAGCUGGCACCUCUUGCGCGACGCGCACCGGUCGCUGUGUCAGGACCGCACCGAGAAGGUCCGCCAGAGCCUCGCGUCGUCGCUGCACGAGGUGGCCAAGAUCAUCGGGCCCGAGCAGAGCGACGAAUCCCUCCUCGAGCCCCUGUCGUGGUUUCUGCACGACGGCGACAACAUCCAGGCCGCCGUCCUCGAGCACUGGCCGUCACUCCUCGCGUCGUUCACGCCGGGCGGCGCCGCCCGGGCCCUCGCCGUCCUCGCCGACGCGUGGGGCGAGGUCCGCCUGUGGCGGCAGCGCGAGCACAUUGCCGAGCAGCUCGCCGACGUCGGGCCGGGCCUCGUGCAGGACGACGGCGCCGACGCCGUCCUCGGCGUCCUCGUCAAGGCGUUCAAGGACUCGGUCGCCGCAGUGCGCGAGCAAGCCGUCCUCGUCAUCCCGCCCAUCCUCGAGGCGAGCCUCUGCAACUCGGUCGCGCGCAACAAGCUCCUCGCGUUCCUGUUUGUCUUCAGCAGCGACUCGAGCUACCGCAACCGCAGCACGUACGUCGCCGCCGCGCUCGCGUGCGUGCGCGCCGAGAUUGGCGCCGACCUGUUCGAGGAGCACCUCCUGCCGACGCUCGGCAACCUCGCGCGCGAUCAGGUCGUCAGCGUCCGCAUCGCCGUCUCGCGCGUCAUCGGCGAGGCCUGUCGCGUCUCGACCCUGUACGCCGACAUCUCGUCCCGCCACCCUGUCCGCGACAUCAUCUCGGUCCUCGGCGAGUCGCCCGACCGCGACGUGCGGUACCCUGUCGCCGAUUUUUACGCGCCCGUCCCUCGCGGGUGGGGCGACGACGCCGACGACGGCUCGACCUCGACCUCGACCACGGCGGCGGCGCAGGCGCAUGCGCAGCCGGCGCGCCCGGCCCUCGAGCCCGCCGUGAGCUCGUCGGCCGGCGAGGACUCGCUCAUGUCGGACCCGGGCGACGACGACGACGAUGACGACGUGCCCAACCCGUUCUCGCCCUCGCGAGCGGCGGCGGCGGCCGUCCCGCUCCCUGGUCGUGCGGCGGCGGCGGCGCCGCCCUCGGCCUCGGCCGACCCGACCCAGGACUCGGAGCAGGACGACUUUGACGUCGACAUGGCCGAGCUGGACGAUGCCGAGCCGGUGCUGCUCGAGCGCCCGGCGCCAGAGUCGCCUGUCCUUGGCGGCGGCGGCGACGACGACUUUGUCGAGGUCGAGCGCGCGUCGGAGGCUUAGCGGCGUCGGCUGCUGGAGAGGAGGAGGAGGAGGGAAGGAGGGUCUCAUCGUCGUUCUCUCGCAACCUGUGCAUAGCUUUCCCCCCGAAUCAGGCGCACGAACCCCUUGCACCCGCCUCUCUGUGUCUGUACCGCUCGCGAUAGAUGCCCCUCGUCUCGCCUCGCCUCGCUGCACAGCCACUCUCUGCAUCUC